UUAAAGUUUCAAGCUAAUUUAUAGCAGAUGACACUUUUUGCAGAAAUUUACUGUGGUAGAGAAUCAUAGAAUGGAUGAUUUCAGAAAUGAGUUUCACAAAGGAUUGCAUGUUCUUGCUGUUGACGAUGACUCAACCUGUCUAAAGAUUCUGGAGACUAUGCUACAAAAGCACAAAUACCAUGUAACAGCCACUAAAAAUUCACAAACGGCAUUGAAUCUGUUGAGAGGAAACAAAAACGGGUUUGACCUUGUUAUCAGCGACGUGCAAAUGCCAGACAUGGAUGGAUUUAAGUUGCUUGAGCUUGUGGGGCUUGAGAUGGACCUACCUGUCAUAAUGAUGUCGGUAGAUGAUGAUUUUAAGAUGGUGAUGAAGGGAAUUAAACAUGGAGCUUGUGAUUAUCUUCUGAAACCUGUGAGACUUAAGGAUGUAAAGAAUAUUUGGCAGCAUGUUGCCAGAAGGAGGAAGAUGGGUUCAAAGGAGCAGAAUAGAAGCAGUAACCAAGAGAAAGCUAAUACUGACAGCAAUGAAAGAGGUUCAGUAGCAACAGGAAAUUCAGAUCAAAAUGUAAAGUCUUCCCGAAAGAGGAGGGAUGAGGAUGACUAUGAUAAUGAGGACCAAGAGAAUGACCAUGACAAUGAGGACUCAUCAUGUCAUAAGAAAGCUCGAGUUGUUUGGAAUGCAGAACUGCACCACAAGUUUGUUUCUGCUGUCAAUCAAUUAGGCUUUGAAAAAGCUGUACCUAAAAAGAUUCUUGACUUGAUGAAUGUUGAAAAGCUUACAAGGGAGAAUGUGGCCAGCCACCUUCAGAAAUAUAGGCUUUAUCUGAAAAAGAUCAACUGUGCGGCGAACCGGCAGGCUAAUAUGGUUGCAGCAUUAGGCACUACAGAUCCAUCCUUUCUGAGAAUAGGUUCUCUGAGUGGUGUUGGACAUUUGCAGUCAUUGACUGGUUCUCAACAGUUUCAUAACAGUACUUUCAGACCCUUUGGACCUGGUGGAAUGGCUGGUAGAUUGAACACUUCUGUUGGUGUGAAUGUGCAUGAAACUCUUCAGUUGGGUCAUGCACAAAAUUUUCACAAAUCUAUGCAUGAACCAUUCAAGUUUCAACCUGCUAUAACUGGUGGCAAUCAAAAUAAUGGUAUUCAGGGAGUGCCAUUGUCCACUGCUCUUGAUCAAUUUCAACAUAAUAAGGGUGUUGGUAUUGCUGUUAGUCCGAUUCAAAGCAUUUCUCCUUUUAUUGAUGUUCAACCAAAUUUUUCAGUGCCAAAUAAACUCCCAGAUCUGAUACCAACAUCAACAGUAGGUUGCUCACCCUCUCCUGUUUUGGACGUAUCAAACAAUGCUUUGGUAUUGAAAGCUGAUAGUGAAAACACACAAGGGGGUGGAAUGUUGUUUGGUCAACCUUCAUUAGCCUCUCAGAAUUCUCAAUUCUCACUCCCUUUGCUGGAUCAUGGUAGGUGCAGUGAUAUUUGGUCAAAUACUGUUCAGUCAUCAGGGACAAAUUCUUACCCUGCAGGUGAAACUUUUCGAGUGAGGAAUCUGAGUGGUGCUUCAUCCAUUACUUCACUGUCUAAUCCAUCCCAUUAUUCACUAAAAGAUAUGCAUUCACAAGGAGUUCUUAUUCCAAAUAAUUCUGGACAAAUUACCAAUAAUGUGGUGCCAUUUCAAGGGUGGGAUGACAACAAUGAUGAUAGUACUUUCCCUUCAAAUAUUUUUUGUAACUCAAUGGACUCUCUGAUGGAUACUGAUGGCAACACUUCUUUCAACUCAAUCUACAACAGAAACACAGACUUCAGUUUCUUUGAUCCCUUACUGAUGAAACCUGAUGGAGUUAGUGAAGAAAACACAUUGAAACAACAACAGGGAUACAUCAUGAACCAUACCAAGUCUCAAAGCAAUAGUGUCGCUAAUAAUCUUGGUUCCGUGGAAGAAUUUGUCAGUUCAAUGAUGAAACAGAAACAAGACAAUGUGAAAUUAUUGGAAGGAUACUUAUGCGACAACAAUCUCUCUGACGGGACAUCCAUUUGACACUAUGUUUGGCAGUAUAUUUAAGCAUCAUGUCAUGCUUGCUGACGAAUUUUGUGGCGUGUCAAGUCUUCUGAGUUUACCUAUUUUAUUAGUUUUUGUGAUUUUGGCAUUUUUCUCUAGUUAUAGAGUAUUGCUUUCAGCAAGGGCUUUUCUCAUAUUGUGAAAUGAUUUGUUUAUGGAUGGUGCAAAGUGGAGUUG